AUGAAAAGCGUCGGAUCCUUCUAUUACGAUAACUUCGCCUUCCCCGGGGUGGUGCCUUACAAGCGACCCGCCGCCGACAAAGCCGGAGUCCCCGUGUACCAGCCGGCGACCACGUACCAGCAACUGAUGCAGCUGCAGCAGCCGUUCGUGCCCGUGUCAUGUGAGUACCCCGCGCCCGCCUCGUCCGCCCCGCCGGCCGCGGCGCCGGCCGCGCCCGCGCCGCAGCCCGCGCCGCCCGCGUCGCCGCCCGCGUCCGCCGACGCGCCCGCGCCCGACGCCGCCGCCGUCGCCAAGGAGGUGGCGCACAAGAACUACGCGGCAGCCCUGGCGCUGGCGGCGCAGCAGUCCGCCAUGGCGCACGCGGCCGCCGCGUACACACAGCAGGCGUUCAAGGCGCGCGCCGCCAUGCCGGGCCUCAUGCGCGCGCCGCUCAUGAUGCGGCCGGGCUGGCCCGGGCCGCCCGUGCCCAUGCCCGCCUUCUACCAGCAGCCGUACGCGGCCAUGUACGCGAUGCCGCCGCCGACGCCGCCCGCUGCCGCCGCGGCCGCCGCAGCGGCAGCGGCCGCCGUAAAUCCCUACAAAAAAAUGAAGACGACU